AAAACAACAAAGUCGGGAUCGGGCUUCGUUUCGUAACUGACCUUGAAUAAUGGCUGGAAGAAGUCUGUGCACCGGCAGCUUGUUCAACAAGUUUUUGUCGAAGAACUUAUCAUCUCCAGCAUGUGUGAAACUUGGUUCAACAUGGUCCAAUGUGGAGAUGGGUCCUCCAGAUGCAAUUUUGGGAAUAACAGAGGCUUUUAAAAAAGAUUCAAGUCCAACAAAAAUCAACUUGGGUGUCGGUGCGUACAGAGACGAUAAUGGAAAGCCCUUCGUUUUGGAAUGUGUGAAAAGGGCAGAACAGAAAAUGCUCCAGGAGAAAUUAGACAAAGAAUAUGCACCGAUAAGUGGCACAGCUGACUUUUGUCUGGAGUCUGCUAAGUUGGCGUUCGGUGAGAACAGUGUGGUUAUCAAAGAAGGCAGAAAUAUGACAGUCCAGGGUGUAUCAGGGACAGGAUCACUUAGGCUUGGGGCAGCAUUUUUUUCUAAAUUUUACUCCAAAAGCAAAGAUUUUUGGAUUCCAACUCCUUCAUGGGGAAACCACACGCCUAUAUUCAAACAUGCCGGUUUGGAUGUAAAAUCGUACAAAUACUAUGAUGCUAGCACUUGUGGCUUUGAUUUCCAAGGUGCAAUGGAAGACAUUUCAAAAAUUCCUGAGGGCAGUGUGAUAGUUUUACAUGCCUGUGCUCACAACCCAACAGGAGUGGACCCAAAGCCUGAGCAUUGGAAGGAAAUGAGUUCUUUGAUAAAGAAGAGAAACCUGUUCCCAUUCUUUGACAUGGCCUAUCAAGGUUUUGCCAGUGGAGACAUCGACAAGGAUGCUUUUGCUUUAAGGCUUUUCAUUGAGGAUGGGCAUGAAGUUGCCCUCGCACAAUCUUAUGCAAAGAACAUGGGGUUAUAUGGAGAAAGAGCUGGUGCUUUCACCAUAGUUGCUGGAUCAAAAGAAGAAGCUGACCGUAAUAUGUCCCAGAUGAAGAUUAUCAUCAGAGGCAUGUACUCCAGUCCCCCAAUCCACGGAGCCAGUAUUGUCACCAGGGUUCUUACAAGUCCUGAACUUAGAAAGCUGUGGCUUGGAGAAGUGAAAGGAAUGGCUGACAGAAUCAUUACAAUGAGGGAGAAGCUGGUGGCUGGUUUGGCCAAGGAAGGAUCCAGCAGAAACUGGCAGCACAUCACUGACCAGAUUGGCAUGUUCUGCUUCACUGGGCUCAAGACUGAUCAGGUUGAAAGACUUACAAAAGACUUUUCCAUUUAUCUGACAAAGGAUGGCAGAAUUUCAGUCGCGGGAGUAUCCUCUAGCAAUGUGGAUUAUCUGGCCAGGGCCAUGCAUGAGGUCACUAAGUAAAGGAAGAUCAGAACAUCAAAAUAGUAUUCUCCAUUUAUACGCACUCAAAAUUGAAAUACCAACUAGAGAACAAUUUAUUCAUUUGUCUUGCAUAAUUGUAUGCAUAUAGACAGAAGUGGACUCCGACAGUCGUAUUGAUACGUGUGCUUUGUGUGUGAUGCCCAUUCAGGAUCUGAUGAUAAAACGAAAGCAAAUGCUGGAAUGUGGUACCACUCUGUUGUAUUUAUAUGACUGAUGGUGUAUUAGUACACAGUUUUCUUUUUGUUUAAAAUAAAAAUUCAUGUUUGCA